AUGUAUGAUGCCAAUAACGAGCAUAGUGCAGAUGAUAAAUUGACAGCAAGGGAAUUAUCACCUCAGUCGGUUCCCAUAAAUCUCGAAGCAAAUAAAAUAACCAAAAAACGUAAAAAGAAAAAGAAGAGCAGGAAGAAGAAAACCAAAAACCAGAAUAUUGGAGAUUCAGAACUAGAUAGAAUAGAACAGGACACUCAAAUAACACCUCAGGUUGAAAGAGAUGACUUUCCUGCUCCACUACCUUACGAUUAUGAUCCUCUAAGUUAUAAUCAAUUUGUUUCACCAUCUGACACGUCUCACGAGAACCCCAAACGGUAUCGAGGUGAACUAUUGACACAUACAAUUGAUACUCUUCCUGCACCAGUCAAGAAAUUUUGGAAACGAAGGUAUGCACUAUUUGAAAAAUUUGAUGAAGGAAUAUACCUAUCAUCUGAAUUAUGGUAUAGUGUCACAGCAGAAUCCAUCGCCAAAUAUACUGCAAAUUUAUUCCGCGAUUUGUUGCCCAAUGCCACAUCCGGGUUGGAUCUAUGUUGUGGAGGGGGAGGAAAUACUAUUCAAUUUGCUAAAAUUUUUGACAACAUCGGUGCCCUUGAUAUAAAUCCCAUAAACCUAUACUGCACAAAAAACAACUGCAAAGUUUAUGGUGUUCAAGAUAAUGUUUGGACGAUUGAGGCUGAUUGGAACGAGGUUAGCGAAUUAAAGGAUGGAAACGUUAAUACAGAAUGGAUUCCAGAGGGUAUUCGUCGUUCUGAAAAUGAAGAAACAUUACAAUUUGAUUUUGUUUUCAGUUCUCCUCCUUGGGGUGGGACAAGUUAUAAUCGAAAGGUUUUUGACUUGAAUUCAAUGGAGCCAUUUCCUAUAACAAGAAUGCUACAGCAGAUAAAACGGUACACUAAUAAUGUCGGAUUAUACCUACCGCGACUGCUGAAUUUGGAACAACUUCAAGAAGCAGCAUUAAAAACCUUUGGAGAGGAAGGAAGAUGCAGAGUUGUCCAUAUACGUUCUGAUGGUAGGAUUGUUGCAAUUAUAGCAUUGAUAGGCAAAGAGCUAAUUGAAAAUUUUGAUAAUAUUUAUAAUGAUAAAGAAGAAGAUGAAGAGGAAACAAGUGACGAAAAUUGUUCAAAUGAAGCUCAAACUAGUGAAAACGAAGAGAUCGAUCGUACCUCAAACGCCGCCUACAAUGAAGACAGCAACGAAGAUGAGAAUAUGACUGAGUAUAGUCAUGAUACAGAGCAUGAACUCAACGAGGAGGGUAAUAGUGGAAACGAUAAGGACAGUAGUGGUGAUGACAUUAAUAACAACCCAGAGCUGGAAACGGAAGGUAAAGACUCAACCAAGAAGGUGAGCGCAGAAGAAUUGCAGAAAAUUAUACAAGAAUACGAAAAUUCAAGUAGUGCGUUUCAAUAUGAUGAGGUUUUGGAGGACUAUGAAAAUGACAUUGAUACAGUUUAA